UCAACCCAGUCGGACGUCGAAGCCUCAUCUCCAAGAAUGGAGCAAGCUGACAAACGUUUCAUCUUGAGAACUGCGGAACGCAUCUCUUUCCGCUUUGAUAUCUAUCUGGGCGAUGCUGGGGGUAAGCGAAGCCGUGCUGACCAUGAGGAUGUCAAUGUGGAGAAAAUGUCAGAACCUGCAAAGAAGAAAUUGAUCUUUAGUGAUGACGACAUAUCGCCACUGCCGGUCAGCCCACCUCCUGAUGCUCCAUCAGGACAGGAGUCGCAACAGCAGCAGCCGGCACCGCAGUCGAUUCCGCCACCUCAGGAGUCGCUGAUGCCACCUCCUACCGAAACACAGCCGCGGCGGUCAGAUGAGUCGGCAGUAGGCGGCAAAGAAGCCGCUCCUCAUAAGAAGCUGAUUCCUAGAGUUAUUAAAACUACGCCCAUCAUUGACAGCGAUGACGAUGAUCUCUUCGCCUUCAAUUCGUACUAA